UCGAUAUCGGUAGUCGGGUAGUCGAUAGAUAUUUGAAAUUUCUAUUGCAUUAAAACCUAAAAAACAAAAAAAUUUUAAAACCCUUUGUUUUUGAAAGUUUAAAAAACUUAGCGUACGCGCGAAGAAAAUAAAAAAAUAUAAGAAAAAAAAUUAUAACGAAAUUGUGAAUGUGUUUUUGCUUUUGUGCGGUGUUUUAAGUCUUAAAAUAAGAAUUCAAAAAUAAAAGAUGCUAUCCAUUAUAAGCAACCAAAUGAGACGUCUAUCAAUUGUGAUACUCAUCUACAUAUUCAUAUUUGUGCCGGAACUAUGGUCGCAUUCUACCGAUGAUUUGGAGAAACAUCAUUUACGUGGUGAUUUCAAUACACCCUGCUUUUACUUUCAAACAGUCGAUGUCACCGGCGAUCCACAUUUUGCUAAUGGCUCAUAUUUGCAUGAUGGUGUCAUGAUACCACAUAAUCUGAUUGGUGUCUACAAUUACGAAUACAAGGAUGCUGUGACAGCCAAAAGAGUGGCUCCCCAUUUGCGUGGUUGCAUUUGCAAACUCAAGCCAUGUGUAAAUUUCUGUUGUCCUUAUGGCGCCAUGCACAAUGGAAGCCAUUGUGUAAACACUUCGCAAGACUUUAAUUGGCCACGUCAGGUUAACAUGACCUUUCGCAAUGGUUCUGAGAAGACGGUGGAUAUAUUCCAUCAAUUUGCUGUUGUUCCAUUUCGACCAUGUGAAUUGAUGUUUGCCUUGGACCCACGAUUAUAUGAAGAUGAUGCAUGGACUCUAUAUGAGAAUGGCACCCUGUUUGUGGAGUCCACCAAUGCGUAUCUGUCGCGACAGGACUUUUGCAUGUUAACCACCUUUGAGACAAACGACACAAGUGGCCCAAGUUAUUUGAAUCCAGCAAACUGUGAGACUCAAACCACCAAUGGGACAGUGAAAAUUAUAAACGCCUAUGCCAUGUUGUUCUCGAUACCAUUUAUGGUCUUGACCAUUGUGGUCUAUUUGGCCAUACCCGAGUUGAGGAAUCAACAUGGCAAAUCUCUGGUGUGCUAUUUAUUAGGCCUCAUCGUGGGAUAUUCUUUGUUAAGCAUUGGGACGCUUAAUGCACAUCUCGAUGUGACCAGCAUAGAGUGCAAGGUCAUAGGAUAUACGAGCUAUUACUUUUUUAUGGCCGCCUUUUUCUGGCUGAAUGUUAUCAGUUUUGAUUUGUGGCACAAUUUUCGGGGUACGCGAGGCAUCAAUCGGUCGUUGGAAAAGAAACGCUUCAUUAUGUAUUCGAUGUACUCGUGGGGCAUACCAGUGGUGUUUUUGGUAGUGACAUGGUAUAUGCAGGAGGAGACAAAUAUAUCACCAGAAUUGCAGCCGGGUAUUGGAGUACAGCAUUGUUGGAUAAACAUGAACACCUGGGCCGGCUUUAUUUACUUCUUUACCCCCAUAAUGUUUAUAAUUGUGGCCAAUAUCAUCAUGUUUGUUAUGACAGCCUUAAAAAUCCAUAAGGUACAAAGGGAAAUGGCCCGCAUCAUGGCCCGAGAGGAUAGUACACGCAAUCUGAAAAAGGAAAAAGACAAGUUCGGUUUAUUUUUACGCUUAUUCUUGGUCAUGGGUGUUACUUGGUCCCUGGAAAUCAUUUCGUAUUUUGUAGGCCCCGACAGCAGCUGGGCCAAAAUUUUCUAUGCAGCCGAUAUCUGUAAUGCCGUUCAAGGCUUCCUCAUAUUCAUGUUGUUCGUCAUGAAGCGCAAGGUUAAACAAUUGAUUACCAACAGAUACUCCUCGGUGCGUGAAACCAGCAGCCAACAGCGCCAAAGUCAAUACUCCACCCGCACCACCUCCAGCAGCAUGGGCAAUUUAGCCGUAAACAAUUCCAUUAUCAAUUCCGAAAAGCCUUUGAUACGGCCAGCUGAGCGGGUAACCAGUUUUGGCUAAAUAAAGUCCUUUAUGUAUGCAUCCUGUGUUUAUUUCAAUAUGAUGUCCUACAUAUUUCUCUAUCGAAUGUUAAGCUAAGUCCCUAAGUAUCCUAUCUUUUAGGUUAAGUGUGAUUUUUCUAAUGUGUCCAAGUCCCGUUUCUACUUAAAUUAAAAACAAAACAAAAGACAAAAUGAAGCCCUAACUCUUGAUGGUAGUUUUCAGUGUUGCCAAUUUGCCAAUAUUUCCUGAAGGGGGAAACACAUGCACACGCCGUUAUACAUUUCCACUCAGGGAGAGAAUUGUCCUUCCAUUUGAAAAACACUGAACUUUCUUUUGUAGUAAUAAUGCUUAUAAAUGUAAUAUAAUAUAAUGUGAUAGAUGUACUAUGUAUGCUAUUCUGUUUUUUAUAUAUUGUUUAUGUUUUUAAUAAUAAUCAUUCCUUAAGGGCUAAGUUCAAUAGCCUUAAUUGAAGAAAAGUUGCUGUAAACUAUAUAUUUUAGUUUUUUCUUUUUAAGAUUUAUUUCAAUGCCUCCAUGCAGCACCUUAAUUUUAUGUUUUUGGAACUCUACACUAAUCGGUGUUUAUUACUCAUCUUAUCAUAUCAAAGCUUAACUUAAGUUUGUUUAGCAUUAGUACCUUUAUAUUCAACCCAAAAUUCAACGAAAAAAGAAGAAAAACAUAAAACCAUUUUAAAAUAUUACAAACAAUUAUGCCACAAUAUUGCAAAAUGAU